CAUUAUGUAUGAUGUUGAAAAAAAUACUAGUACACAAAUUAUGCAUAAACGUAGGCCCUAUUGUAAUAUUAAAAUAAUUGCACUGGUAGUUAAUAAGCACUUUACUGGUUGCUACUUGACAAGUACAGGCCAUUUACUAGAAAAAAAAUCAUGUGAUGGACUGCUACUUUUUUUCUUUUACUAGAGUAAAAAUACAUAGAGGUACUGCUACUAUAACUUGAGUGCACCUUUUGUGUACUCUACCCACCUCUGCUUUUCUUUUGCAUCCAGGUAAAGAUAGUCUUAGCAACAUUAUUUUCAUCAAAUGUAAAUACAGCAUUACCUAAAUGUUUUAUGGAUUAUUACAGCGAAGCGUUUGUAAAACAUGCAUUCCAUCACAUCAACGUGUAAGCCUUAUUACUUUUCCUUCAAGGAAUCCAGUGCAUCUCAUUACUCCGAAGUUUCUGAAGAGAGUAGUGAUUCUGGAGGGGGCAGAGGGAGAGCAGGCAGAGGAGCAGGCAGAAGAGCAGGAAGAGGAGCAGGAAGAGGAACAAGGAGAGGAGCAGCCAGAGGGAGAAACAUAUAUGAAAGUACAGGCCGGGGGAGAAGCCAGGCUAGAGGAAGAAGAGCUAGAGCUGGACGCAUUAGUGAGGAAGACAGAGAACGGGUUGCUCAGAUGUCUGCUGACAGAACUGCAGAGUUACAGGUUGGUCAUAAUGCAGAACACUAAUACAUUUCACAAUCAUAAAGUUUAUAAAAUAAAUGCUGCCUUUCGUUUUCAGGCACAGUUGCAACACCUAAGUAUGGAUGAAAAAGAUGAAGUCCUUCAGAUGGUUGUUAGACGUCUGCCAGGAGUGUUACUGGACAUUAUGGACUAUAGACAGGCCACACCAGGACACCCUCCAUCAAACCAGGGUCAGCCAGCUUGGUGCACCUGCUCCUACUGCCGAAUGAUGCCUACAGACCUGGAAAUGAAGGCAUCCUGCGUUUGGCUCGGCAGACGUGGAAUGACAUUUUGGCUCUGCGUGAUAGCCAAGACCCUGGAUCAGAUAAUCGGGAGUACCGUUACUGUGCCUAUAGACAGUACACUAUUUGGCAAUAUGGACGUCUUAGCGCUGGCAAUCGUAGGGUGAUUCCUUCCUGCUGUGUUUGGAGGAUUAGAGACAAAUACCCUGACCACUUUGGGAUUUAUGUUGGUUAUAAAGAAGCCCCCUUCCGCUGAAACAA